AUGCCUAUUUGCAUCACUUUGCCUGGCACAAAGUGGUGUGGCCCAGGAAAUACGGCAGCCAACUACGAGGACCUGGGACGUGAGAGGGAAACUGAUAGAUGUUGUCGUGCCCACGACCAUUGCGAGGAGAUAAUGGAGUCACAUGGCUCGCUGCAUGGUUUGCCCAACAACACGGAUUGGUUUCCCAUUCUCAAGUGCAACUGCGAGCAGCAGUUCAUCAAUUGCCUGCAGGCUGUUAACACCAUGACUUCCAAUACUUUGGGUCGCAUCUACUAUGGAACGCGCAGCAAAUGCUUUGCUCUGGGCUUCCCCACCACCGGAUGCAAGCAGUACCAGGAGGGAACUUUCCGUAAGCGCUGUGUUCGUUACACUGUCAACAAGCAGGCGGCCAAACUGUGGCAGUUCUAUGAUAUGCCAUUUUACACAAAUGCUGCAACACUAUUAAACAAAUCCUGACACGGGGAAUUGUAAUCACUA